CAUACGGCGGCGCGCGCGGGUGCCACUGCCACGGCCCACGGGAAGGGAGCCGCGCAACUGCACUGCACAUGACACGGUCACGCGCGCACGCGCCGCGCCGUCAGCCCCUCGCGCGGGGCGCGGCCGGCGGCUCCUCCCGCCUGCCCGCUCGCUUCCUUCGCUUCGCUUUCGAUACGCUCUCUCUCGUCCCCGCGACGCAAACCUUUAUCCUCUCGCCCUCGGCCGUCGCGUCGCGUCGCAGCCCAGCCACGUGAGGCUAGCGCCCUAGCCCCCCCGCCCGGUCGCUUGCGUUUGCGUCGCGUCCUCUCGGAUAAAUACCGAGGGGCAAACGGCCCCGCUUUCCCUUCCCUCUCGCUCGCUUUCCCUUCACGCUCGCCGAGAGGAAAGGCGGCCGGGGAGCGCGCGGCACGGCGGAGCGGUUCUACGCGCCUGACGUCUUACUCUUACUACGCCCUUCUCCGCCGCCUCCUCGCCCCCUCUCCCGGCGGUUCAGGGGCUUCGAUUUUUGAAGGAGCCUAUUUCCUGUUCCUGUCAUGGGUUUGGAACAUUUGACGAAUUCAGCUAAUCCUUCAUCAGGUUUCGCAUUUUACGGAAAUGAAGCAAUGGAGGAAAUGAAAAGGCUACAGGGUCUGAGAGCAGAAACACUGAAGGAAACCUGCCAAAGCCCAGAAAGUAGAGAUGGAGCGAUCAGAUGUCCAAUUCCAUGUAAAAGCAGCAGAUGGUAUAGGGAUCGUGAGCUGAGAGCUGCACAAGAUCUUUCUGAUUUCAUUCUGAGCAAGGCUUCACCUCCGUACUUCAUGGGGUCUCCGCCAGUUCGUGCAACCAAUCCUCUUGUUCAUGAUGCCCAAUUCUGUGCAUGGAAGGUGCAAGGUGUUGAUCAGUCUAUAGGAAUUCCUAUACCGACCAAGGGCUACAAUGCUCGCUACUGUGGCACAAAAGGAUCUAUUACGAAGGCUUGAAGCUAUAUUUAUCAGUUUCAUGGCCUCUCAGUGACGUAGUUGUAACUCUGCUUCUCCCAGCAAGGCUAACUUGUACAUAGAGUCAUCGUGCCUUUUGAAGGUGUGAAAUGUCUCAUUUGAGUGUUUAGAGAAUGUCAUCGGCAGUGUUGUAAAUAUCUUUUUGCUUAGUUUUUUUUGGUUAAUGGAGCUAGUUUUGGUGAAUAAGCACUUGUAAAUUUGUUGAGAAAUGAGGUAACCAGAACGAAAAUGUUUGCCUUUCUUCA